CUUGAGGCUCAGCAAAUCCUUUCAGAGAAAUAUUUGAAAUAAAAGACAACAGAUAGGGGACGCAGUGAAGGCACAGAGAGGCAGAAGGGCCAAUAGCCUCGGACAAGGGAAUCGGCACAAUCUGGCCCGUGUUUGCCGAUGAUAAUGCGCCUUUCCAAAGCCCUGAUAGACAUGGAGAUGGCCGAUUAUAGCGCAGCGCUGGACCCGGCGUACACCACCCUGGAGUUUGAGAACAUGCAGGUGCUGGCCAUGGGCAGCGCAGACACAUCUCCAUCAGAAGCAGCCAACCUCAACACUUCCAACAGCAUUGGGGUGAGCGCACUGUGUGCCAUCUGCGGGGACCGUGCCACAGGGAAGCACUAUGGGGCUUCCAGCUGCGAUGGCUGCAAAGGCUUCUUCAGGAGGAGUGUGAGGAAGAACCACAUGUACUCCUGCAGGUUUAACAGGCAGUGUGUGGUAGACAAAGACAAAAGAAACCAGUGCCGAUACUGCAGGCUUAAGAAGUGCUUCCGAGCAGGGAUGAAGAAGGAAGCUGUACAAAAUGAACGGGACCGAAUCAGCACCCGAAGAUCAAGUUAUGAAGACAGCAGCUUGCCCUCCAUCAAUGUCUUACUGCAGGCAGAAGUCCUGGCACAACAGAUAUCAUCCCCAGUCCUUGUGAUGAAUGGAGACAUCCGAGGGAAGAAGAUCGCCAACAUCGCCGACGUGUGCGAGUCCAUGAAGCAGCAGCUGUUGGUGCUGGUGGAGUGGGCCAAGUACAUCCCUGCGUUCUGUGAGCUGCCCCUGGAUGACCAGGUGGCACUGCUGCGGGCACAUGCAGGUGAACAUCUGUUACUGGGAGUUGCCAAGAGGUCCAUGGUGUUCAAGGAUGUCUUGCUGCUAGGGAAUGACCACAUCGUCCCACGGAACUGCCCUGAGCUGGUAGAGGUGAGCCGCGUGGCCAUCCGCAUCCUAGAUGAGCUGGUCCUCCCCUUCCAGGAGCUGCAGAUAGACGACAAUGAAUACGCCUGCUUGAAAGCCAUCAUCUUCUUCGACCCAGAUGCCAAAGGACUGAGCGAUCCCUCUAAGAUCAAGCGGAUGAGGUACCAGGUGCAGGUCAGCCUGGAGGACUACAUCAAUGACAGGCAAUACGACUCACGGGGCCGCUUUGGGGAGCUGCUGUUGCUGCUGCCUGUGCUGCAGAGCAUCACCUGGCAGAUGAUAGAGCAGAUCCAGUUUGUCAAGCUCUUUGGUAUGGCUAAGAUCGACAACCUGCUGCAGGAGAUGCUGCUGGGAGGUUCAUCAAGUGAAACGCCACAUGCUCACCACCCCUUGCAUCCUCAUCUGAUCCAGGAGAACCUGGGAACAAACGUCAUUGUGGCCAACACAAUGCCUCCUCAGAUGCACAACGGGCAGAUGUCUACUCCAGAAACUCCUCAGCCAUCUCCACCCGCGGGCUCAGGGCCAGAGCAGUACAAGCUGCUGCCCGGAGCCAUUGCAACCGUGGCAAAACAGCCCACCUCCAUCCCACAGCCUGCCAUCACAAAGCAGGAGGUCAUCUAGCAGCCUGCAGAGCAGCCAGCCACAUUUAGAAGACCGUGUGGGAGAAAAGCCCGAGCAGACUCCGUCACUGUGAAAAAAAAAAGCCAUCCCGAGGUCCUCGGGCACCAGCACACGGACUUGCUUAUCGGACUAGCCCACCACUACAAAAGCUGUCUUCCUGCAGCUACAGACAGCACGCACCAUGGAGAGCCUCGAGUCAUAGAACUAAGACUGAAGCCUUACUGAAACCCACGUUCCUUGGAAGAAGGGCCAGACUGCUGCCUUUCCCCAUCAGGAGGCUGCAGUGCCUGGCUGGGGACGCUGCAGUUAGCUGUUUCGCCAUUGCUACCUCUCAGCAUCCAUUCAUUGUACACCAGACCCUGUGAACAAGUGAUCCUCCAAACCAGGAGGCUGUGCUGGGUGAAAGGAAAGGCUUCAUUGCCCCAGGAGCACUGCUGCAUCAAAAAGUAUGCUGGGGUUUGCCUGGCAGCACUGUCAGAACUGCUCCUCAGGCUCAGCCCAUCCCAGACCUUUCCUUGGUCACUCUCCAGCAACCCUCAGCCAGGUCUAACAAAUCUUUCCAGCUGAUGCUGGGGCAAAGUCUGUUCCACCAAGAGUCUCCACUGUUUGGACCCUUCUGCCUUUGGAUGGGUUUUGCUGUUUCCUCACUGUGGCUGCCCCCCACCUCAAGCCUCAGAGGCAGCCACUGCCAAACCCUUCACACUGCUGCCUUCUCACCACCCAUAUAGGGCAGCUGGGGAUUCAGGAAAAGUCACCUAGUGGGAUGGGGCCGGCCCUGCACAGGCUGGUUGUGGGCAGCACUGCCUGAAAUAUCAGCCAGCCCAGUGCUGCCCCUGAGCAGCCAGAGAACCAUGUGGUGCUGGUUCAGAAGAAGCACGGGCAGGACAUGGGAAGGGGAGAGAGCCUCACACACGGGCUGCCCAAUGCCAGGGGAUUUGUGACCCAGUAGUUCAGUUCAGAGCCAGCUUAACGCUGAGGUACGUGUCCAGUUCAGUGCCACUCCCUUUGCGUAGAGUGAGUGGCUGAUAACAGAUUUAUAGGGCUUCGUAACAGGAUAAGAAUUCCUUAUGGCUCCUGCAGAUCUCAGAGGGUUUGGGAGCGGUCACCUCAAAGCAGAGCACUUCGAGUCCUGCUGUGAGGACUGACACAGGUCAGGGCCAGAUCCCUGCAGCCUGCACCAUCAGUGCUGCCCCAGCUGUGCCCUGGUCUCCUGCUGCCCAGUCCUUCUUCCAGGGCUGCAGUUGCACCGAUACAACCUUUGGUUUACAGCUGAAAUCAGGCCAGCUCCUUCCUGGAGCUCACAAAGCAACUUCAGGCUUCCCUUCUCACUCAUUGCUGGCAGCACCAAGGCAGAGGCACCAAGAAAACCUGGAACGAGAGCUUUUCAUCAGAAGAGACUCAACAGCAGCAAAUGCACAGCACCUGUGAUCUGGGAAACCCAGCAUGGAAGAAAACAACCCUGGUUCAGCGCUGGGGCAGCAGCAGGUCUAACCAUCCAUAGACCAUGUUCCUGAGGGUCCCAGCCUCAUGGUUGGAUGCCCACAGCUGCCGAGGGGCCCAGAGAGGCCCCUGGGAUGGAUCUGAGCUGAGCCAGAGGAGCUGCAGAUCCCUCCCUUGAUCACCAAUGCAAAAAGGAACCGCCUCGCCUCGCGCUGGUGGCAUCCCGAGUAUUGUAUUGUCUCUCAGAGCUGGUGACAUUAUACCCAGUAAUUUAUUGCAAUGAUGAAGCCAAUCACUUUCUGUAAAUUAUUUUGUAAAUCACAUUGAUUAUUUAUAAUUGGGAAAUUAAAUGCAAAAAAAAAACAACAAAAAAACCAACCAACCUUCACAACCAGGCUGUCUUUUCCAACCCCAUUUCCUGCAUGCAGAGCUACUCUGUGGGGAACCAUUUUGGUCCAUUUACACCAAGCAUUCCUCAAUACUGUACAUCCAUUUUUGCUGCUUACUGCCUUCCAAUGGAAACAGAGGAAUAUUUCUUCACUAGAGUUUGUAUUCAUUAAAAAAUAAGAAGAAAAAAGAUAAUAAAUAAAUGCCAAACUAUUUUCUAA